AGAUUCCCCCCGCCCCACAGUUCUGGCCACAGUCCCGGGGCGCACGGACGUGGCUAGAGUUUCCUCCGCUCUCCGAUCGCUCUCGCUCUCCUCUCCCCCCUCCCGCUCUGCCUCCUCUCCCGGGUCUCCUGCUCCAGCUUCAGCUCCACCCGGCCGGCCCCGCACGGCUCCGGGUAAGCCAUGGAGGACACCCAGCUCCAUAUCGUCGAACAGCCGCUGUCCGGGUACCCGGACGCCGAGGACCCGGCGUCCUCCCUCCUGCGGGCGCCGGCGGCGGCGGAGGAGCCGUCGGGGGCCGGCUCCGAGGAGCUGAUCAAGUCGGACCAGGUGAACGGCGUGCUGGUACUGAGCCUCCUGGACAAAAUCAUCGGCGCCGUCGACCAGAUCCAGCUGACCCAAGCCCAGCUGGAGGAGCGGCAGGCGGAGAUGGAGGGCGCCGUGCAGAGCAUCCAGGGCGAGCUGAGCAAGCUGGGCAAGGCGCACGCCACCACCAGCAACACCGUGAGCAAGUUGCUGGAGAAGGUGCGCAAGGUCAGCGUCAACGUGAAGACCGUGCGCGGCAGCCUGGAGCGCCAGGCCGGCCAGAUCAAGAAGCUGGAGGUCAACGAGGCCGAGCUGCUGCGGCGCCGCAACUUUAAAGUUAUGAUCUACCAGGACGAAGUGAAGCUACCGGCCAAACUGAGCAUCAGUAAGUCGCUGAAAGAGUCGGAGACAAUGCCGGAGAAGGAGGGCGAGGAGCUGGGCGAGCAGCCCGAGGACGACGCGGCGAUCGAGCUGUCCUCGGACGAGGCGGUGGAGGUGGAGGAGGUGAUCGAGGAGUCGCGCGCCGAGCGCAUCAAGCGCAGCGGCAUGCGGCGCGUGGACGACUUCAAGAAGGCCUUCUCCAAGGAGAAGAUGGAGAAGACCAAGGUGCGGACCCGGGAGAACCUGGAGAAGACCCGCAUCAAGACCAAGGAGAACCUGGAGAAGACGCGGCACACGCUGGAGAAGCGCAUGAAUAAGCUGGGCACGCGCCUGGUCCCCACGGAGCGCCGCGAGAAGCUCAAGACCUCCCGCGACAAGCUGCGCAAGUCCUUCACCCCCGACCACGUGGUCUACGCGCGCUCCAAGACGGCCGUCUACAAGGUGCCGCCCUUCACCUUCCACGUCAAGAAGAUCCGCGAGGGCGAGGUGGAGGUGCUGAAGGCCACCGAGAUGGUGGAGGUGGGCAACGACGACGAGGAGGGCGGCGCGGAGCGGGGCGAGGCCCUCGACCUGCUGCGCGGGAGCAGCCCCGACGUGCACACGCUGCUGGAGAUCACCGAGGAGUCCGACGCCGUGCUGGUGGACAAGAGCGACAGCGACUGAGGGGGACGCCUGGGGCUCCCGCCCGGAGGCCCUGCCGCCCCACCUCUUCCUGCCCCCGCCCUGAUUUCUUCUCCUCUCGAACUUUCUCUUUCGCGUUCUUUCUCGGGCCCCAAGGGGGCUGACGUAUUUCUAAAGUGAGAACACCUUCCCCUCCAGAAGCACCCCUCCAAGUCUUACCACUGUUCCUGAGAUGGGAGCCCCAACUGGGGCAUGGUCUGGGUGGAAAUGGAGAGGGCCGUGAUCCGCGUUCUGGAGGUGCAAGUUGGGGGUGCUACCGGGGGAAAAAUGUUAUCAUUUGCAGAGUCGGCCCCCAUGGGGGCAGGCUGCCUUCCCCCUACCGCCCCCUCACACAUCCAGCUGCUGUCAUUCCUGCUCACUGAGCUCUUCUUUCUGAUCCUGAUCCCUGGAGGCUUGGAAGCCAAAAUUAGCGCAAUAAACAAGAGUGAAUCCUGAA